AGUCUCGGAUUUCAGAUGCUUCAUCUCCCAGACAGUGCUGCUCACUUUGCCAUUAUACACUAAGAGAGGCGGAUCAGUGAGCACUCUCUGCAUUGGAUUUAUCAGCAAGUGUAAUAAUAUGACAGAGCCCUCAGUCAGUGCAUGUCCUGUCUCUUAGUCUUGGGGGGUUGGGAGGGCAAAAGCAGAUCUUUUGACCCCAAGCCAUCAUCAUCUCUGACAAACCGGGGAACAGAAAUACAGCACAUACUCUUUUUUUUCUUUGUUUAUUGAAAUACUGUCCUUACACCUGAAUCUAAAUUGUGAGCGGGAUGUGAUGAGCCGAUCCCUGAUUGCUGAGAUCAGUUGAUUGGAGUCGAGGGUCUUGUGUUUUUAUUGCUCAGUCAUUCAGCGCGUGGUGCGCGGCUUUGACAACAUGGAGAGUGUGGAGAAGGAGUGCGGUGCUCUGGGUGGAUUAUUCCAGGCGAUUGUCAACGAUAUGAAGAACUCAUACCCAGUGUGGGAGGACUUCAGUGCCAAGGCUACAAAACUACACUCGCAACUCAGGACCACAGUAUUGGCGAUGGCUGCUUUCCUGGAUGCCUUUCAAAAGGUGGCAGACAUGGCAACCGGCACAAGAGGUGCCACCAGAGACAUCGGCUCUGCUCUGACCCGAAUGUGCAUGCGCCACCGCAGCAUUGAGGCCAAGCUGCGACACUUCACCAAUGCUCUUAUGGAUAAACUGGUCACUCCACUCCAAGACAAGAUAGAAGAGUGGAAGAAGACAGCUGCUCUGCUAGAUAAAGAUCAUGCCAAAGAAUACAAACGCUCUCGACAGGAAAUCAAAAAGAAGUCAUCUGAUACUUUGAAGCUACAGAAAAAGGCCAGGAAAGAACUCCCAGGUCGAGGAGGACUGCAACCUCAGCUGGACAGUGCCAUGCAGGAUGUAAGUGACAUGUACUUACUGAUGGAGGAAACGGAGAAGCAAGCUGUGCGCCGAGCCCUUCUCGAAGAGAGGGGGCGUUACUGCACUUUCAUUAGCUUCUUUCAACCUGUAGUGAAUGGAGAGAUUUCUAUGCUGGGAGAGGUAACCCAUCUCCAGGCCAUUAUGGAUGAUCUUUCUGUGCUGACCACUGAUCCACAUAAACUGCCAGAGGCCAGCGAACAGGUUAUCCUGGACUUGAAGGGUUCUGACUACAGCUGGUCCUAUCAAACUCCCCCCUCCUCCCCCAGCAGUACUGGCUCAAGGAAGAGCAGCUUGUGCAGCUUGGUGCAUCUACCACCGGGUGGCGCUCACCGCCUGAGCAGCGUUUCUUCUCAUGAUUCUGGAUUCGUCUCUCAUGAUGCAAACAUGCACUCUAAACCACCUUCUCCGAUGCCAUCAGACAUUACCAGCCAGAAGUCAUCUAGUUCUGCAUCCUCUGAAGCAUCAGAGACAUGUCAGUCUGUAAGCGAGUGUGGCUCUCCCAUAGCCUUUGGCUCAUCCUUUGCUACUUUCCACCCUGCUUACACUUACAAUGGCUCAAUCAGAUCUCUUCCCUUUAUCCCCUCCUAUAAUCAUUCCCCUGGAUCACACUCCCCCUCACCCACAACCAAAGUUCAUCACUGGAAGCAACAAGACUGGUCCAAAGUACCUCACUACGAACAGCAGGGGGUGGCAUUGCAGCGCAGGAGUGAAGCUGUGGAGUCCCCUAGUGGAGCGAGAGGCUCUCAGCACCCAGAAGACCCUUAUAGGACUAGAGUUAAUCCUACAAACAUCAAUGCCAAGCAUGGGAAACCGAUGAUAUCUGCAGCUAGUGAGCUGGCCAUGGUUCUGACACGUGGUCUGAGUAUGGAGCAGCAGAAGAGCAGCUGUGACUCCUUGCAGUACUCAAGUGGAUACAGUACACAGAACACCACACCAUCGUGCUCCGAGGAUACAAUCGCUUUACAUGGUUCCGACUAUGACAGCUACUCAAUGAACGGGGAUGUUGACUGUGUUGCACAGUCAGACUUCGACAAAUCUAUGACUGUCCCUCGGAACAGCGAUCUGGCCCAGAAUUACCGUCGCAUGAUCCAGACCAAGAGACCUGCAAGUACUGCAGGGCUUCCAGGAGGUGUGGGUGCCCAUGGUGUACCUGGAUCCAAUGGCAGAGAAGCAGGAGUUAUAUCUUCUGGUACAGCCACCAUUCGCCGGACCCCAUCCUCCAAAGCUGGUGUGAGGCGAACACCGUCUAAUGUGGCUCCGAUUCCCAUUCGUCCUCCUAUCGUCCCAGUAAAGACACCAACUGUGCCAGACUCACCUGGCUUUCCAAGCCCUCCCCCAGAGUACAAUAGCAGUGAGGAGAGCUUAUACACUGAGGAAUCUCUGGAGAACCUGGAGUUUAAAGCUUUACCAAAGCGGAUGAGCCUGCCUAACCCACUGGCUUGGGGCACGGGCACUGGAAAGCGUGUUCAUGUCCAGCAGCCUGGAGCUAUAUCUCUCAGCUUAGAGGAGGAUCAGCUUCUUGCUGCCAACCGCCACAGCCUGGUUGAGAAGAUUGGUGAACUGGUUGCAAGUGCCCAUGCUCUGGGAGAUGGCCAGUUUCCAUUUCCUGAAGAUCCCCAGGCUAGUCUGGGAAGCCAACAAGACCCAGGACCUCCCUCAGAAGGUGAUGACAUAUUGAAGUCCAUUCGUAGAGGAGUGCGUCUCAGGAAAACCGUCUGUAAUGACAGGUCAUCACCCAGGAUCUUACGAUAGCUUCUCUUAAGUUCUCACUGAAGAUUCUGCACAAAAAGAAUGCUUGUGUGUAUAUUACAAAUGCUAAAACUAAAUUACAAAUGACUGGUGUCAAACAAAGCCAGGCCAGUGUGAUAUAAUGUGUGAAAUGGACACAAUUUCUAUAUGGUAGAAUUACUACCAUCUAUUGGAAAGAAAUCUAUAACGAACUUACAGCUUAGGAGAUGAAAAUAUGUUUAAAGUACAUAUUUACAUUCUAGUCAUGUCCGGCAUCCUUUCUGAGUUUUGAUUUGUAAUUACUAUGUUAAUCAUAUGUUAUUCAACUGUAACUGAAGUAAAGUGGGUUUGAAUGUUUUCUUUUUCCUUGAGUAAUGGCUUUGUAAAAAAAACAAAAAAAAACAACCCAAAGUGUCUUCUUGUUGAAAAAGCUGUUGUGUUGAGCAACACCAAUGUAGCCUACUCGCACUCAGAGGGACCACGAGAGCAAAGUACUGUAUAUACUGUAAACUGCCAAAUAAAACACCCCAAGUGUAUCACA